AAGACUGCGUGGGUUAUCCGCGUGGACGGCGUGACUAAUAUUCGUGACCUAUGCUCGUUUCCUCCGAUUAGAGCAAGCAGGAAUAGGGGGGGCGCCAGGUGACAAUGUGCGCCUUAGUUCCCCUCGCCCAGCUGACAGUCCCAAGAUGAUCUCCUCUGACGGAGAAGAUCUGAUCAACAAGAUCGAGGGGCGCAAUAAAUACCAGAAGCUUCGGGCUCAGUCACCCCAGCCUGCGAGAAGAGCAGGGACAGAGGCAGAGAGAGACACACACGCAGCCUUCUCUUCACAAAGCUCACGCCAAACCCCAUUGCAACCCUUCUGAAUCUCUCACCCCCUUCCGCCCCUCCCGCAUCAAAGCGCUUCACCUGUCCUAGAGGCGCGGUGUCCACCUCCCACCGGCGCCCGCGGUGGCAAACCCCGAGCAACCCCAAUCCACGGGUGUUGUCGGUGCCCCCGCUGUUCUUCCCGCCUCGCUCCCGGUCCCUGCCGCGCGCCCGCCGCCAGCGCCGGCCCAUGGAACCGCUCCAGCUGAACCUGCAGGGCUACCAAAACGGGGACUUGCAUCCCAGCUGCCUCUUCGAUGUCCCGAGCGACGGCCAGAUGCGGAGAACGUCUCUGAAGUUUCAGCGUCCGACGGUGGACGAGAAGGGCCAGCGCGCUCGGGAAGCGGAAGAAGUGGAGCGACUCCCGGUUCUGGAGGCCGCCUACGCCACCAUCCUCCAGGGUUUGGGCGAAAACCCGGGGAGGCAAGGGCUGUUGCUGACGCCUCAGAGGGCGGCCAAAGCCAUGCAGUUUCUCACCAAGGGCUACUAUGAAACCGUCGAAGAGAUACUCAAUGAUGCUGUUUUCGAUGAAGACCAUGAUGAGAUGGUUAUCGUAAAGGGCAUUGAUAUGUUUUCUCUUUGUGAACAUCACUUGGUUCCUUUCUUUGGCAAGGUACACAUUGGAUAUUUACCAAGGAAAAAAGUAGUUGGAUUAAGUAAACUUGCAAGAAUUGUUGAAAUGUUUAGCAGAAGGCUCCAAGUCCAGGAGCGACUUACAAAACAGAUUGCUUUAGCAAUUACUGAGGUUCUGAAACCUGUUGGAGUGGCUGUGGUGAUAGAAGCCUCACACAUGUGCAUGAUCAUGAGGGGGGUUCAGAAAAUGAACAGCACAACACUCACUAGCACUAUGCUCGGCAUCCUCCGGGAAGAUUCAAAAGCAAGGGAGGAAUUUCUUGCCUUGAUCAAGAAUUAAACAGCAGCAGCAGCAGCAGCUUGCGGAUAUAUCAAUGGUUUGGAGCAUACACAAUUGAUGAUUAUAAUUGCCUUAUGUGAGCCAUUAUUUUAGAAGCUGGAUAAUUAAAAAAAACAGAGAGAAAACAGAGUUCAUACUUGUAUCACAGCUUUGUUCCCAUUUUUGCAUAACACCCUUAAUAGCCUUCUGCAAUUGGCUCCUUUGGGAAUGGCAGUACUUAUACCUAGCACUUCUGAGGUGUGUAAGUUUGAGGAAACACACCCAAGAAUUGUGUUGAAAUAUUACCCAAGCAGUGCAGAUACCAAUAAAUUGGUUUUAUUCAUAUGGCAGCAUAUAUGAUAUGAUCGCACAGAUCUCCUUGCAUCUUUUGAUAUACGCAAAUGAGAAUAAAGUACGAGACCUAUCCCACUUCCCAAAUGAAAAUUGUAUAAGAUCUGCUUUCCCAACCCGAAGCCCAUCAGAGAUACUAGUCUUUAAAUCCCAUAUUGUUUUAGGAUUAAGAGAGUUAGUCCAAGCAUCUGGAGGAUACUAGGUUGGGGAAGGCUGGUUUUGGUACUCUCAGUUUGAAAGUUGGAUGGUAAGGUUAGGGGAGAUCUAGGACUCCAGUGAAAACAAAGCCAUGGGGAGAAAAAUAGAUGAUGAUUUCAAAAUAGUAAAACUCAAAAACAUAAAUCUCAUGCAGGGCAUUUCUCUGUUAUUAUAAUUCCUUAAGUUUCACAGAGCUACCUCUAGCUUGCAGUUAUUGCUACUCCCUUUUUUAGAGAAAACCACAAGAAUGUUGGUGUCCUAACAAGUUCCACUUUCUAGGGGAUCAAGGGCAAGAUGUUUAUUCUUGGCAAUUAUAAUCUAGAAAUAAUAAUAAUAAUAAUAAUAAUAAUAAUAAUAAUAAUAAUUUUAUUUCUAUACCGCCCUUCUCCCGAAGGACUCAAGGCGGUGUACAGCCUAUUUAAAAACACAAGACAAACAUCAAUUUAAAAUUUAAAAUUAUUAAAUAAAUUUGGCUCCAUUUAAAAUCCCAGAAAUUUAAAAUACCCCAAUUUAAAAUUAUCAUGUCGAUAGCCCGGCCUGGCGGAACAACAGGGUCUUCAGUGCACAGCAAAAUACCCGGAGGUCGGGGAUCUUACGUAUUUCCGGGGGCAGUUCAUUCCACAGGGCUGGGGCUCCCACAGAGAAGGCCCUCCCUCUGGGUGUCGCCAGCCGACAUAACUUGGCUGAUGGCACCCUGAGGAGACCCUCUCUGUGGGAGCGAACUGGCCGGUGGGAGGCUAUUGGUGGCAGAAGUCAGUCUCGAAGAAAGAGCUAUGGUAUACUAAAGCCAAUUUAUUUUGAAGCCAUCUAGCUAAAAAAGAAAACUAUUAUUUAACAUUUUGUGCAAAGAAUGAAACUGAUUAGGCAGGACCCAGUAUUUCCCUGGCUAAACAGAACCAUAUAUUAAUAGGGUGCCUUCCAAAACUAUUAAAACAAAACAAAGCAGCCAAAUACCUAUUAAAGUGGGAGGAAAAAACCUAGAACCUAAAACCUAGAAUACUGAUUUAUUUCAUGUGUGCUGCACAAUAUGUGGUUUGAUUUUUUCCUGAAUUAAUUAUGAUUAAUUCAUAAUUAAUCAUGCCAAGUCUCAAAAAAAAGGAGUAAGUAUUUCGAUUUCUGAGACAUCUAUGCCUGGUAAAACGUUAUAUAUAUUAGAUGAUCAGUCCAUUUCCUCAAUAUGAUAGGGCUGAUUUAAAAAGGCCUUUGUUUUAAGACCUUGAUAUAAUGACUUCAAAUAUGAAAAAGAGAGUGGGACAAAAACAUUUCUUUUGUAAGUAAAUCAUCCCAAGUGAAACAUGUUCAGUGUAAACAUCAAAUAUUAGGCUAGAAGCAUUUUCUCUGUUCGGACUGGAAAGGUGUUAUAAUACAUAGUAUUUGGCUAGAUGGAUAAUAAUCUGCCUUGAGUAAGGCAAUUUCCUAGAUACCAGCCUUCCUCAUCUUGGUGACUUCCAGACAUACUGAUUACAUCUACUAUCAGCCUCAUUGGUCAACACUGAUGGGUGUUAGGGUCCAAGUUGUUGUAUAUGUUCUUCCAAUACUAAGCUGUUUCUAUACUGAUGGACAAGGCAGAUCUUUGUUCUAAUUCAAGAUAUAUUUUGAGUUAUGCUGCAUUGUCAGUUCAAACCUAGGUCACUCUAAGUCACCUAUACAUUCAACCAAGUGAAAUUCAACUUUUCAAAUGUUAUAGAGCUACAGCGUUUAUGUUAGGAAUGUAAGAAUCAAAUUGAAUCAGAUUUAAAACACUGUCUUGUCUAGCUUUUCUUUCCCACAGUAGCCAUCCAAAUAUAUCUGUAGAGGCCAUCAGCAGAACAUGAAUGCAAUAGCAUCCUCUCACGUUAUUGAACAAGUGUUGGGAAGGAUGUUCCUUCACGGUUGAAACUAAGAUAUCUGCUAUGCUGCUGUGCUCAGCCAGAAUGACUAAUGGUUAGCAGUCCUGAGCACUUUUAAUCUAAGGGAUAAAUUUGGGAAGCAGAUUGUGCUAGUUAGUAUAUAGUCUUAUUCUGAGAACAGGCGGAAGGAAACUUGUCAUACUGUAUAUCUUAGAGGACACAGAGGUCCUCUGUCUAAGACAUAUUGGAGAGUGCUGAAUAUCGAUUUUUGGGUUGAAAUGUUUUCAACUGCAGUUACUUUUUGCAUAAUGGCAUUUAAAAAAACAACAUUAGGAACAGUGGUGGGUUUCAACAUUUUUUACUACUGGUUCUGUGGGCGUGGCAUGGCUUGGUGGGCGUGGCAUGGCUUGGUGGGCAUGGCAGGGGAAGGAUACUGUAAAAUCUCCAUUUCUUCCCGAUCAGCUGGAACUUGGGAGGCAGAGAAUAGAUGGGGGCGGGGCCAGUCAAAGGUGGUAUUUACUGGUUCUCUAAACUACUCAAAAUUUCCGCUACUGGUUCUCCCGAACUGGUCAGAACCUGCUGAAACCCACCUCUGAGUAGGAACAAAAAAUAGUAAGUAUUUUUGCUACCCCCAUUUUGACCUUUAGAUCUUUGUGUUAUUAAGUACUGUAAACAUUACUGUAUUAUCCUCAGAAAAACUGUCAUACAACUUGAAAUGUGCCUUAUAGACUCCAUGCAAAAAAGAUGCAGAAAAUGUUGACAUUUCUUAAAUGCAAAACUGUUGUUUGUGGGAAGGGGAGGGCUCUCAAUAUAUAAUUAUAUUUUUAAAAUCUACUCGCUAGAGGGGAAAAGGGCUACUAUUAUAUUAUGAUAUUUUAAAAGAGUGUCUGCCUGCAUAGCCAUACACCGGGAACUGCAUAUGUUAGCAGCAGAAACACUUGUCCUAUUCAUAAAUGUGAGGCCCUCUCUUUUUUCUGUUAGCUACCAAGUUCUUUAAAGUAGUUUUAUUAAUAUGAUUGUGUCAAAGUGGUGCUAAAAUGCACAUAACUAGUUUAUUUAGAUCAUCAUAUUCUGCAUGUAUAAAAUGUUUGUAAUACAAAACCUAUUUUACAUUUCUGCUUCAUUUGUCAUCUUUAAAAAUAGUUUAUUAAGCAGUGCCAUUGUAUUCAAAUGAUUAAAAAAACCUCAUCACAUAUU